AUGCCGGGAGGAAGCCACUGCCCCUGCGAUACCAAGCCGAUGGAGGGGAACGCGGAAUCCCCUCCAGGCAGGUGGGAAGCCAGAGGCAACCGCAGCCUGCAGAAAGCACUGCUUCGGCUGGAAGAGGAGCAUCAAAGGUGUGAGGAUCUGGCAGAAGCGAACACUGUUCUGCAGGAGCACCUCGAUCAAGCGAACUUGGCCAACUCAGCCCUCCAGGAAGAUGUUGGGAAGCUGGCGGCGGAUUAGAUGAGGGCCCAGGAGGAGCUGGAACUGAAGGAGAGCGAGUGGCGCACUGACCGUGAGCUUCAUGACAGCUACAUCAGGGGUGAACAUAACCAUCUGCUCAGCCUCUGGCGUCAGGUGGUAGCCUUGUGCCGUCAUUGCUUGGAAAUGAAGACUGCCACUGACCGAGACUUGUCCGAGCUGAAGGCAGAGCAAAUGAGGCUUUCUGGAUCUCUGCUCGUAAGCUGCUCCCGCCUAAACUCUGGCACACAGCUCUGGGAGUCCGUCACUGCGCAUAGACCUGUCCCAAAGGAUGAGGCACAGCUGCAAGUGGAGCAGGACAUAAGCCCGAAGACCUGGGAAGUGAUGUGCUUACGAGUCACGGGGGACCUGGAGACAACAGAGCUUCAGCACAGUGUUGUAUCCCACGUACGAAAGAGGAGAUUGAGAACUAACGGGCAGGAAGCUGUUAGCUACCUGAAGGGAGGUUGCAGUGAGGUGCGUGUCGGCCUCUUUUCCCAAGUGACAAGGGAUAGGAUGAGAGGAGAUGGCCUCGAGUUGCGCGGGGAGGUUUAGGUUGGAAGCCAGGAAAAAUUUCUGCCCCAAAGGGUUAUCAAGCGUUGGAACAGACUGACGGACUUAGCUGCACUUGAAGGAAAACAUUUCUCCUUCCAGAGUGAGCUGGUAGUCGCAAGAGAGACACUGGAGGGAUCGCACCUCCAGAGUGAUCUGCUGAAGCAAGAGAAACAUCAGCUUGCCCCGGCACUGGAAAAGGUUUACCGCCAGCAAGGGUCAGCUGGCAGUGCUUGGGAGCAGCAGCGCCAGGAGUCCUCUCGCCAAGGGCACGCACUGACCGAGGUGUCCAAGGAGAAGGAGCUGCUGGUGCAGGAGAAGGCUGCCCUAGAGCUGCGCCUGGCAGCCAUGGAGCGGGACAGGCAAGGCCUUUCCGAGCAGCUGGCAGAAGCCAGGUCAGUGAAGGAGACCCUGGAAUCCAGCCUGUUUCAGACUCAGCAGCACCUGUCUCAGCUGAAAAUCCAGCUUGGCACAGUCACACAGGCCAAGGAGGCCAUCCAAGAGGAAGUGAAACGGCUUCGGUGUGAGCUGGAAGCAGAGAGAUCUCUCGUGAGGCAGGAACGGGAAAACACGGCACAACAGCUCUUGCGGACAAGACAGCAGUAUGACAGUGCCCUCAGCCUUCGGCAAACCAUUCAUCAAGUGGCAAUAAACAAGCUCCUGCAAGAUCUGGUCCUGCUAGAAAAGGAGCGUGAGAAUAAUGCUUUAUUAGAGACACUACUGCAGACUCGGGGAGAGCUCACAGAAGCCUGCCAGCAGCUAGAGCAGCUCAGACGGGAGGUGGCAGAGCAGCAAGAGCAUGGGCAGCGUGAACAGGACAGAAUGGAAGCAGUGAAAGAAAAACUGGUAUGGGAGAUAAACCUCCAGGAAUCGAUCACAGCCUCUGAAAUCCGAGCAAAUACAGCAACAGAGAUGAAUCACUGCCUUGAACAAGAACUUCAGACUACGGUGUCUAUCUUAAAAAUCAAAAAUGAGGAAGUGGAAACGCAGUGGGAGAAAAUCCAGAUGCUCCAGAAAGAGGCAGCACAGGCAAAAACUCUGCAGGAGACUGUCCCUCGUCUGAAUGCUGUCCUGUUGGAGUGGGAGGGACAAAGGAAGUUGGACCAGGACCAGAUGAGAAUGCUGGAAAAGCAGAAAGAAACGUGUCAAACUACUCUCGAUCAGGCUAUUAAGGACAUAGGAGAGAAAAAACAGAAGGUGGAAUCCCAGCAAGAACAGAUCCGGGAGCUGGAGAAGCAGCAAGAAGAACAAAGGAUUGCUGUCAGCAAAAUGAGCAAAGUGCUGGAGGAGAGAGAGCGGGAGAUCAGAUCCCAGCAAGAACAGAUCCGAGCCCUGGAGCAGCAGCGAGAAAUGGAGAGGACUGCAGUCAGCAAGAUGAGCAAAGUGCUGGAGGAGAGAGACCAGGAGAUCAAAUUCCAGGAGGGGAAAAUAAUAAUGCUGGAACAACACGGUGCAUCACAGGUGAGAAAUCUGCGGGCGGAUCUUGAUCGUCUGAAAAGAGAACUGGAAAUGGAGAGAGAACAGGUGAAAUCUCUGCAGGCAAGCCUUGAACACUUGCGGGCAGUUCUUAAGGACAGAGAGCGAGAGUGUGGUUCUCAAAGGGAGCAGUUAAGACUCUUGCAGCAGCACAAGGAAGAGCAAGAGGGGGACCUGCAAGAGCUUCAGGGUAAAGUAGCAAAGAUGACCCUUUCUUUGUCUGAAAAAGAUCAAGAGCUUGAGUCACAACAAAAGCAAAUCCAGGAAGCUGAAGAAGUCAUGCACAUGCAGGUGAGGACUGUCCGUCACCAACUGGAGCAGACCCUAGAAACCUUAAAAGAAAAGGACAGACUCAUAGACCUCCAAAAGCAACAGGCAAGGAGCUAUGAGGAGAAAACAGAAGAACAGCGGAAUGUUUUACAGAAAGACUUGGAAUACUCUAUGGCAAUACUGAAAGAAAAGGACUUCAUGAUUGAAUCUCAGAAGGAAGUGAUUGAGACCUUCCAAAAACAACAGCAAGACUCUGAACAGCAGAAGGAAAUUCUACAACAUCUUAAAGUGGCGCUAAAGGAAAAAGAGCAAGAAAUUUUAUCCCUCAGAAAGCGCUGUAAGGCAGGCAAGGAAAAGGAGGAAAAGCAUGAAGCCAAGCAAAGAAAUCUGCAAGCAACAAAACAGACUCUGAAGGAAAGAGAGAAGAAGAUAGGGGUUCUGGAGCAGGCUAUCUCUAAGCUUCAGCAGCAAAAGGAGGAGGCAGCGAUGCAGAGUAAAGCUAUACUGCAAAAGCUUGAAUACACUGAAUCUUCUCUAGAAGCUAGAGAUCAAGAGAUAGCGUCUUUGCAAGAGCAUGUCCAGGACCUUCGAGAGCAGAAGCAGUUGGAAGGCAAGCAGGCCAAGAGAGUAGAGCAGGAUCCAGACAAAGCGAGCCAAAUAGCGAAGGAGAACCGUUUGGAGUUCCUCAAGCAGCCAGAGCAAAUGAACAUGUUCCAGCUUCGUGGUGAAAGCAUGAGAGUAGCCCUAACAUCAUGCCAGAAGCAAGUGAAUCUGCUUGAGGAAGAGGUGAGGAAGAGAGACAAAGACAACAAAACUCUUAUGCAAAAACUCCAGCGGCAAGAAGAAGAACUGAAGACCUUGCAGAAUCUCCAGCUUAGGCUAGCCGAGAAGGGAGAGGGGGUUAGACACCCCAGAGAGCAAGAGAAGCUCCUGGAAGAAGCUCUUCAUGAGAGGGAACGAGAGACCAAAGCUCAAGGUGAGCAAAAAGAGCUAGAAGAGGAAAUUGGGGCUCUUCGGGAAGAUCUCCAGCAUGUCCAGCAGACUCUGACCAAGAAGGAUGAAGAGAUUGAGUACCAGAGAGACAGAGUCAGGUAUUUAGAGGAGACGACAGGAAGAGAACAAGAGCUGAGGAGGCAGAGUGAGCUCCUGAAACGGUUAGCCUCAGCUUUGCGAUGGAAAGAUGGAGAUGAGACCCUACAGAAACAAAUCCGGAGACUCCAGAACUGGGAGGAAGAGGAAGCAGAGAAGAGGAGAGUUCUCCAGGAGCGAGACCGUUCCUUGCAAAGGCAGAAGGAGCUAACCCAACAACUGGAAGAUGAGCGCAGAGCAAAGGGGAAAGAACUGGAGCAUAUGGUUGCUGUUUUGAGGCAGACUGAAAGCAGAGAAGUCAAAUGAAGAGAGAAGGCACAAGUACUGGCUCUUGCCCUUGCCAAGAGUGAAAUGGCCCAUGGGACUCGGAGGGAAGAAGCAGCCGUCCCGCAGAGUAUGGUUUCAGCGAGGGACAUGGACCGGUCUCACAUAAUCUCCUCUCUGUCUACCCAGCAGGCUCUUGCAGAAGGGGAGUAGCUGUUGUGGCUCUCGGAGAAGGGGCUCCUGUUGCAGCGGCUGGAACGUCUGCAGCAAGCAGUUGCAAGGCUGGAAGAUGAGAAGAUGGAGCUGAAGCAACUCAAUGCUGGGCUCCGGAGGACUCCUGAGCAGGUGGAACAUGAGCGGAGGAGGCUGAAGAGGUGUUACACGGGUCGGCCACUGCCAGACGCGUGCGGAUUUUCACUCCCUGACCAGCACAGGAUGCCUGCUUCCAGACAGGUGGGAGCAGAAUCUGACGUAGUGGGAGGAGGCUCUGGGCACACAGAGGAACAAGGGCCAUUCCCCGUGGCAGCAGCCCCCCGGUACAGGCCCUGUAGAAGUCGAGUAGAGAGCGUGGCCCCGGCCAGGCUGGAGACCAAAAGGAAACCCUUUCGCUUUCUUCACAGGAGGAAUCUCACGUGUGCUGACGCUGCCCCCGGAGUCUGGUGUGGCUGUCGGGGAGGGGGUGCGCCGGGCAGUGGAAAUACCCAGCCAGACCCAUCUGUUGGCCGCGGCCAGGCAGCGCUGCUCAGCCGGGUCUCGUCCCCUGCGUGCCUGAAGGUCCGGCCUGGUGGGAGAGGGGCUGGUGGAAAUCCAGAACCCUGGAAUGGCGUCUGUGAGGACUGUACGGAACAGAAGUCACGGGAGAAGAUGAAGGACAGACGACACCCCCGAGCCGCCCCCGAAACCAGCCAGGCCGAGCUCUGCGGAGACAGAGGAGCAGAGAGCGCUCAGUAA